AUGCCGAUCGGCAUCCAGCGGCUGAAUGCGAAACGUUCGCAUCCAAACGACCGGAUCAUCUUCAUCAAGCCUCUGAAAGGCCGCGAUGAGAAGGUUGCCCAGGAUUUUCUCGAAAGGAUCGCCGCACAAUGUUUACCGAUCAUGAAAGAGCACCACCUUUCGGUGAUGUCUCUAGAGCAGUACGAGUUCAACCGGGAAUUCGUGGGCAGAAACUUCAACGCCGGUGAAAUCAUUCAGCUUGUGCUCAAGUCGCAGUCAGGACGGUGGCUACCAUUUGAGUAUGUUCAGAUGGUGAUGAUGCACGAGCUGGCACACUGCAAGCAAAUGAAUCAUUCCAGGGCAUUCUGGGCUGUUAGGAACAAUUAUGCCGAGCAAAUGCGAGGGCUCUGGCAGCGAGGGUACUUUGGCGAAGGCAUCUGGGGCCGUGGUGCCCUGUUGGGAACGGGACAGUUCCAGAACAACGUCGCGCUUCCCUCUGAACCGCUGCCGGAACACCUAUGUGGUGGUACAUAUCGCUCUCGUGGACGCAAGAGGAAGAUCAAACCAAUUCUUUCCUACAAAGAACAAAGGGAGCGCCGAAUUCUCAAAAAGUUUGGCGCCAACGGCACGGCUCUGGGCGCUGACGAGGAGACAAAAGUCAAGCUGGAAGGCGGCAAGCGCACGCAAGCAAAACCACGCGUGGCUGGGAGUGCUCGUGGACGGGAAUUGCGAGCCGCAGCGGCGCUCGCACGAUUCGACCAGCCGAAGAAGGAGCCCGAAGAGGACAUCAAGAAUGAGGUUAAGGAUGAGGACAGCGGCGAAAGCGAGUACGAGGACGAUCCGGCGGACAUCAAGAACGAAGACGCUGUCGACAUUGAUGGCAAGGUGAUCAAGGACGGCAAAGGCAGGGGCAUGAUCAAGGUCUGCGAAGACGAGAACCCCGAUGACCAGGACGCCCAGAACGAGCUACAGGAGUUACAGGCGUCGGUCAAGCAGUGGCGGCAGACGCAUCUCGAGUUCAAGCGCGAGCCGGUGAACGAAGCUGAAGUUGCAGCUGUGCCACCACAGAAUCAAGCAGCAGAGUCAUCACGGAAGCAAGAACCGAUGAUCCGAAAUCCAAAGCAAGAAAGUCCUCCCCGAGUCAAGGUCAAGGAGGAGCCGAAUGACGAUCAGGAGGCGCCAAUUUUAGACAUCGCGAGUACAACCCCCACAAUCAAGAGAGAAGCGCGAGACGACCCCCGGUCAAUAGCAACCAGUCAUCCGACCUCACCGCCCAGCGCGUCAUCCACGGCGUCGCCAUCGGCCGAGAAACAGAGGGCGACGGCGACGGCGACGGAGUCAGCGACGAUGACAGCGCCAAAUGAGGCCGAGUCCAUCUGUGGAGUCUGCUCUUUUGCCAACUCUGCCCUGUCGAUAACGUGCGCCGUCUGCUCCCACGUGCUGGACCCGGCAAGCGUACCGAACGCCUGGCGCUGCGAGGGCGCCGCGUGCCAGGGGAGCGAGUAUCUCAACCCCGGCGACUUUGGAGUGUGUGGUGUCUGUGGGCACAGCAAGCGAAAAAAGCAAGGCUGA